AUGGAUUGCGACGAUGGAACUCCAUCCAGUAGCGAUGCCAUUGAAGACAAAACUGAAUAUGAGGCUUUUAAAUCUCCUGUCUGUCUCAUAGUCUUGGGUAUGGCUGGCUCAGGAAAAACCACAUUUGUUUCAAAACUCAAUUCUUACCUACGGCAAUACAAAAGAGCCCCGUAUUUGAUUAAUCUCGACCCAGCUUGUAAAAAUAUGCCAUACACACCAAAUAUAGAUAUUAGAGAUUCUGUGAAAUACAAACAAGUGAUGAAGAAUUACGGUUUGGGUCCUAAUGGCGCUAUUGUAACCGCAUUAAAUUUAUAUACCACGAAAUUUCAUCAAUUAAUGGACCUUCUAGGAAAAGUAAAUACUGAAAGUAGUCAUGAUAUAGCUGUUAUAGACACACCUGGACAAAUUGAAGUUUUUACAUGGUCAGCAUCAGGUCAAAUACUUACUGAAAGUCUUGCAUCAACAUUCCCAACAGUUGUAGUUUAUGUUAUGGAUCUAGAAAGAAGUACUAGUCCAAUAACAUUUAUGUCAAACAUGUUAUAUGCGUGUUCUGUGUUAUAUAAAACCAAACUUCCAUUUAUUGUAGUUUUAAACAAGAGUGAUAUUGUAGACCCAACUUAUGCAAUUGAAUGGAUGCAUGAUUUUGAAGCAUUUUGUGAUGCUGUAGAAAAUGAAUCAUCAUAUAUGUCGAAUUUGACUCGUACUAUGGCAUUAACUUUAGAUGAAUUUUAUAAUGAACUAAAAUGUGUUCCAGUAUCAUCAUUGACGGGCCAUAAUUUUGAUGAAUUUUUUAAAAUGGUUGAUGCAGCAGCUGACGAAUUUCAAAAGGAAUAUCGUGUCGAAUGGAAUAAAUUGCGUAAAGAAAAAUUGCAGACUGAAAUUUCUCAACUGAACAAAAAAUUGGACGAUUUAGCAGUUAGUAGUGGGGAAGGAGAACUUGUACCUUUAUUCACCUCACUAAGUGCCGGUCGUGAGAUUUCCGAUAUUUAUCUAGCACCAAAUGCAGAUGAAAUGUCAGGAGACAGUGAAGGAGAAGAAGAGCCUGGCUUUAAUGUUAAUGAUUGA